AUGUCCGCGCAUUUCACAGAAUGGCGCAAAUUGCCCAUCAAUUUGAGCGAGCUCUGCAUCAAUACUACAUUGAGAUGCGGGCAAUCUUUCAGGUGGCAAAAGAUCCCCGAUAGCGAUGAAUGGCGGUGCGUCCUCCGAGGACGUUUGAUAUCAUUGAGACAGGACCCGUCGUACUUGUACUAUCGCUCUUACGUUCCCCGUAUACCCCUGGCGGCAACCUUCAAAUCCACACCUUCAGUACCGACAACGAAUGGCACAGCAAGCACCUCGGAUGAGGCCCGUGAAAUAAUUACUCAUUACCUCAACCUGACCUCCAACCUCACCGAUUUAUAUACACAGUGGUCCGACUCCGAUCCCAAUUUCAAGAAAAAGGCGCCCAAUUUUACAGGCAUACGUAUUCUGCGGCAGGAUGCGUGGGAGGCUUUGGUGUCGUUUAUAUGUAGUAGUAACAACAACAUAGCCCGAAUCUCGCAGAUGGUGGAGAAACUAUGUACAAACUACGGCAAUUUGGUGGCCACCAUUGACGAUCAAUCAUACCACGACUUUCCGGCACCAGAAGCGUUGACUGGCAAAGAUGUCGAAGCGCGGCUGAGGGAAUUGGGCUUUGGAUAUCGUGCAAAAUACAUAUAUCAGACUGCAGUUAUGGUUUCGGAGAAGGAAAAGGGAUGGCUAGAUUCACUGCGCAACCCUGAGAGUCCUGCGUUUGGCAUGGCACCGAGGCCGGGAGGUGAAAUGCGUCCUGGAGGCAGAGAGGGCUAUCGUGAUGCCCAUGAGAAGCUUCUUGAGCUACAAGGCGUCGGCCCCAAGGUUGCUGAUUGCGUUUGUCUCAUGGGCCUGGGCUGGGGAGAAGCAGUGCCGGUCGACACACACGUCUGGCAAAUUGCGCAGAGAGAUUAUAAAUUCGGCAAGGGCGGUAACAAGUCACUGACGAAAGCAACCUACGACGCUGUUGGCGCGCAUUUUCGCAAACUUUGGGGCAAAGAAGCCGGGUGGGCUCAUAGUGUCCUAUUCACAGCAGAUCUUAGGAGCUUCUCUGACAGGGUAGCUUCUAAAGUUGAAGUCAAAGUUAAGCAGGAAGACGAUGUGCCUGUGAAAACGACAAUCACAUCUACCGUGGCCGUUAAACGGCCGCUUGAAGACGAGGAAACCAAGCCAGUCAAGACAGAAGGCGUCGUUAUCCAAGCGGCCGAGACGGUAGUUACCCGCAGGAGAUCCAAACGAUCACGUAGGUGA